CCUGUGACUAAGGGACAUAACCGUUGGAAAAUUAUUCAAGAUGGCGGCCGAACUUGAGAGAGCUGUGGCUCUCCGUACAACAAACAAGAAUGAAGCGAUUGAUAUACUAAAUAGUUUGGUGAAAAGAGAUAUGGACACCAACAGUGAAGAAGUACUUAGAAUAAAAGAACAAUCUAUUCUUGAACUUGGUUCUUUGUUGGCUGAAACCAAGCAAGCUGAAGAGCUUGCUGGUUUGGUCAAAUUCACACGACCAUUCCUUGUGCUGGUAAGUAAGGCCAAGGCAGCUAAGAUGGUAAGAGGACUGGUGGAUUUGUUCCUGGACAUGGAGGCUGGAACAGGGAAAGAGGUUGAAUUGUGCAAGGAGUGUAUAAACUGGGCAAAAGAUGAGAAAAGAACUUUUCUACGACAAGCAUUGGAGUCCCGGCUGAUAUCUUUGUACAUUGACACCAAAGCUUAUCAAGAGGCACUACUACUGGCAUCUCAGUUAUUACGGGAGCUGAAGAAACUGGACGACAAGGCAUUACUGGUGGAGGUGCAGCUGUUAGAGAGCAGAACGUAUCAUUCCCUGUCCAAUUUGCCAAAAGCCAGAGCUGCACUUACUUCAGGGAGAACUACUGCCAAUGGGAUCUACUGUCCACCCAAGCUCCAGGCUGCCCUUGACAUGCAAUCAGGAAUUCUUCAUGCUGCAGAUGAGAAAGAUUUCAAAACUGCCUACUCCUAUUUCUAUGAAGCAUUUGAGGGAUAUGAUUCUAUUGACAGUCCAAAGGCUGUUGUAGCACUUAAAUACAUGCUCAUGUGCAAAAUCAUGCUCAAUACGGCUGAUGAAGUACAGGCAAUCGUGAGUGGAAAGCUAGCACUGAAGUACAGUGGUCCAGAGGUCGAGGCAAUGAAGAGUAUAGCAACUGCCAGCCACAAACGCUCUCUUGCAGAGUUCCAGAAAACAUUGGGGACAUUCAAACCACAACUGGAGGACGAUCCAAUUGUAAACGCUCACUUGAAGACCCUUUAUGACAACCUACUUGAACAGAAUCUCUGUAGAAUUAUAGAACCUUUCUCCAAAGUUCAGGUUCAACAUAUUGCUAACUUAAUAAAAUUACCGAUGGAUACAAUAGAGAAGAAGCUUUCACAGAUGAUCCUUGAUAAAAAAUUCCAUGGUAUUUUGGACCAAGGUGCAGGCGUGCUGGUAGUAUUUGAUGAGACACCAGUGGACAAGACAUACGAGACAUCAUUGGAGACGAUCCAGAACAUGGGUAAAGUGGUUGAUGCACUCUAUCACAAGGCCAAGAAGCUUACUUAGACAUUUCAGACAAUGACUAGUUUAAUAUGGUUCCCUGCCUGAAAUUCAGUGAAACUCUGCAAAUGUAGACAGCUUUUGGUACUGCAUGAAAUUCUGUAGAUUCUGUACUGUAUUUCAAAUUUAUACUCUGUUAAGAUUCAGUUUGCAACUGUUUCUGUAGUAGGUUUGGUAAAAUUCUACCUAAUCUGAUGUAUGGUCAGGGAAAGUCUACAUAUUCUGCAAAACACUUCAAUGUGUUGGACCAAGAUGGUUUUGUUUUGCAGUAUCUUUGAGAAUUUGGGUAUUGUGUUCAGACCAAAUACAAUGAAAUUUUAAUCUUUGAAAAACUACAGAUUAGUUAUAGUUUAGUGACAGUUAUUUUCACACAACAUAUUGCUUACCUUUUAUCAGUGGUGGUUUCAAGUAUCAUUUUGACAGUUAUUUAUAUGUUAUGUAAUAUUUUCAAAUUUAAUGAAUAAUGAAUUAAAGUUUUCACCAGUAAGUACAGGAAUGGCAUUUCACAAAUAGUAUAAUUGCUGUACAGGAUUUUAGUGGUAUUCUUCAUGUACAGUUACAGCGCUUCUGAAUUGAUAUUUUAGAUUUUGUAUGAUGUUAUAUUGGACAUUAUAAUUUUGUCUGUUCAUUUAUGGAAACAAUUGGAAUUUAAUUUUCUGUACCCAAAAAAUAUUUGCUUGGAAAACGAGGAUCUGUCAUGAGUCACCCUUCAUAUUGGAUUUCUGAUGUGAUUUGUUAGCGAAUUUUAUUUUGAAAGUUCCCCAUUGUCCCUAGAUACACGUAUUGAAUUUUGAGCCUGAUUGGAAAACCAAGAUGUUCAAGAGGCAGUCAAAUAAAAUAUUAUUAGCACUAUUUCUCAGAAAAUGCUUCAAGGAUCUUUCUCAAAAUUUUACAUGAAGUUUCCCAAUGGUCUGUACUUAACAAUAUUGAAUUUUGGGACGGAUAGAAAAGAAAAAAAAGGAUGGUCACCAGUCAGCCAUCUUGAAUGUAGCAGUUCAAUUUUGUUAUCACUGUUUUGUUUCCCUUGGUCCCUUUAAAAAAAUAAUGAGAAUUUAUCCGUCAUUGACAGCACUUCUUAUAUGUAAGAAUUAAAAUGUUUUAGCCUUUGGCAUAUAUUUAGUUAUGCAAUUCUUAUAAAUUAUUAUUUGCUUCAUAGUGGCAAAUAACAUAUGACAUUCAGAGGUUUAAGUUAUUGUACAAGAUUUCCACCAUUGGACUGGGUAAAAGUACCUGUAAGCAAAAGGAAGAGCAAACAAGGUAAAAGAUCAUUGUUUGUAGAUCUGAUAAAGAUCCUGUCAUGGUAGGCACCAAGAUCCUUCUAGGAUCCCUUGUUAAUGUAAAUUUUACCUGCUUUUCAGCUGAAUUUUUUAUGAAGAAUUUUGUUUGAAAUUUGUAGGUGAAUUGAAUUUAUAUAAUCAUAUAAGAAAUAUAUUUGCAUUUACAAUAAAUAUCUUUUCAGUACAUGAUGCUGUGAAAUAUAUAUAAAAAAAAAAGUUGCAUGAGAGAAAACAGGUAUUUCAGUUUCUGCCAAAAAAAAAAAUAGCUGGAUUUUAUUUUCCAGGUGAAUGAUUCUUUAGUUUUUAAGGACACAUUUGCUUAUUAGAAAAUUCAUGUUUGAAAACUCAAAUACAUGUGAAAUAAUGUUUUUGCAUAUCAUUCAUGAAAUGACUUAUUACAAUUGAAAGGGAGUCUGAAUGAAUGUGAAAUGAAAACUGAUUAAAAAUACUAAAUUGAAGAAUGAGUGCUAAAGACACUUUUUCUUGAAAAUCAUUAGUGUAUCUGUAUGAAAGGUGUUGAUUGUAUGACAUACUGAAAAAUAAAAAUUAUGAAUUUUCA